AUGUAUGGUAAGAGCCCUGCGCGCGUGCUUCCACUUCUCCUGGGCUUACAGCUCACAGCCCUUUGUCCUACAGCAGCUGUGGAAAUUUACACCUCCGGAGCCCUGGAGGCAGUCAACGGGACAGAUGUUCGGUUAAAAUGCACUUUCUCCAGCUUUGCCCCUGUGGGUGAUGCCCUGACAGUGACAUGGAAUUUCCGUCCUCGAGAUGGGGGCCCUGAGCAGUUUGUGUUUUACUACCACACGGAUCCCUUCAGUCCCAUGAGUGGACGGUUCAAGGACCGGGUGGUCUGGGAUGGGAACCCUGGACGGUACGAUGUCUCCAUCAUCCUCUGGAAGCUGCAGUUCGAUGACAAUGGGACGUACACCUGCCAGGUGAAGAACCCACCUGAUGUCGAUGGUCUGGUAGGGUCGAUCCGGCUCAGCGUGGUGCACACUGUGCCCUUCUCUGAGAUCUUCUUCCUGGCUGUGGCCAUUGGCUCUGCGUGUGCAGUGAUGAUCAUAGUAGUAAUUGCCGUGGUCUUCUUCCAGCACUUCCGGAAAAAGCGAUGGGCGAAAAGGGCUGAUAAAAAUGAAGGGAUAAAAUCAACAGAAGAGGAAAAACUCAAACAAGAGAACAAGGUCUCCAUUUAUUUGGAAGAUACAGACUAGCACUGCAAGGAAGCCGAGGAUUUUCAAGGACAACAUUAGUAGCCCUUGAAGUCAAUGGAAACUUUUCCAGUGAUGACCUGUCAUCCCGCAAGUUCUGCUGCACAAACCUGCCUAGAUGAGCAACGCCCCUGCCGAGCAGCUUAGGGCUCUUCCUGAGCAGACACCACUAGACUCGUGUAUACCUUCAAUAUGGGGAUUUUACCUAAUUCCAGAGUGCAAAUGUGUAUUAGCUUUUGCAAACUGGAAGUUACAUUUUUGUCCUUCCACGUGCCUUAUGGGGUGUGACUACUGUGCUCCUGUGUGCAUUGGAAUCAAAGGGCAGAAAUGCCAGCUAGCCUGCCUGCCGGGACACUUCUUCUCACAUUUUGGUUUCUUUAGAGCAGCCCAGGGGGAUGCUAGAGGGUCUGGAGAGAUGGCUCAACCUUUAGCAGCACUUGUUUCUCUUACAGAAGAUCCCAGUUCAGUUUCCAGAAUUCACAUGGCUCACAGCCAUCAGUAACUCCAGUUCUAGGGGAUGUGACACCUUCUUCUAGUGUCUACAGGCACUGCAUACAUGUGGUACAUGUACAUACAUGAAGGCAAAACCCCCAUAUGAAAAUAAAUCAUAAAAAGGUGAGCUAAACCUCCCAGCCAUUUUUGAUUAAUAGCGGACCCCAAAUUCACACCAGAAAUCUGAUUUUCAUGACUGUCUUUAAGUAUUAGACACAUCUUAUUUAACUGAAUUUGUUCAGUAUCCUAGGUUUAAUGACAAUUAAUACAAGGUUUAUAGUGACAGUGUAAGUCUAAGCAUAGUAACUACAAAGGUCACGGGAACACCAGUAUACAUACCAGCACAUGCUACCAGGAACAAUUGCUCACCGCCAUUUUUAUGUUUUAUUUUUCGACAAGUUCUCGCUAUGUAUCACUGGUUGGUCUAGAACUAGCUAUGUAGAGCUGGCCUUAAAGUCAGAGCCCUCCUGCCUCAGCUCUCAAGGGCUGGGAUUGAAGGUGCACCACCACAUCCAGCCUCACGACAGGUCCGUACUGAAUACAGAGCUUACUUACUGUGUUCUCCCUCCCACAGCAGAGCCCAUGCUCAUUCCAAGACUGGAGUCCUUAGGCAGUUUAUUAGAAGGCUUUGUGAUAUAAUUAAUUGUAUUACAACUUUAAAAAAGAUUUAGACUUGUAAGA